AUGGCGUCCAAUUCGGUGCUCUUACUUGGAGCCACGGGUUACAUUGGAGCAGCGUUUCUGUCCCGCUUUAGCAACAAAUAUCUUAUAUCUCCAUCACCACGAUAUAAACUUACAGCAUCAACUCGAAGUCCUGAGAAAGCUAGAAGACUAAGGGACUUAUUGGGAAACAUCGAGACGACGGAUGUUACGCUUAACGAUGGUGUAAAGCUUGAAAGGAAGGUCGAGAAACAUGACAUUAUAGUCCAACUAGCUGAUUGUGAUGCACUCGAAGGCACCAAGUCUAUUCUGAAAGGAAUCAAGACGAGAAAAGAAAAAACAGGAUAUCCGCCAAUUCUCCAUCAUGCUGUAGAAAUCCAAGAUCGCGUUGUCGACCACAGUAUUGUCAAAGCUGAUGAGGCUGGUGAUUUACUAUCCUUUAUUACAGUACCAUUUGUCGUGUAUGGCACCGCUACGGGGUUGAUCCACGAACACAAGCUUGGUCACCAAACAUCUAUGCCUGUUCCACGACUCAUUCAUGUUUCUGUGGAUAGAAGAGCCGUGGGACAACUUGGACCUGGUGAGAACCCGUGGAUGAUAUCGCACGUCAAUGAUGGUUGGUCUCCCGAACUCAACUUUAUAUUAGGAAACGAUUCCGGCCGGGCUUUGCUAACGAUUCUUUUAGUAGCGGAACUUUCUAUGGCGUUAUUGGAAGAUACUGCAAAGGGACACGGAAAAGACGGCUUCUAUUUUGCUGAUGGAGGUUACGUUCUAGCCCGCGAUGUCUCCAGAGCUAUGGCAGAGACUUUCUCUUCAAUAGGGUUAUCCGAGGAACCAUCUCCAAAUACUUACACCGAAGAAGAACUGAACGAGUACACAAUCAGUUUCUGGGGCGCAAGUAUCCAAGCAACAGGUGAUAGAGCAAAGAGGACCGGUUGGAAUAAUCCGCAUACGGUGGGAGAAUUCCAAGGUCAUGUCGUGACUGACACGAAGAGACUGGCUUUUCAGCCUUUACAGUCUUAUGGAAGGUGUCUCGAUUACUCGGAUUAG